AUGGCGACUGGUGGGAAACUCGACGCUUCGGAUUUCGGCGUCUCUGCCGAUCAAGAGCGAGACGCAGUUCUUUUCCUUCUGAAAACCAGCGGGCAUGAGGCGAUUCACGAAUCCAACACCGCAGAAACGCAGUCCAAUGCGGACGCACCGGCGCCGACGAACGAAGUGGAACCAGAGGGUACAGAGCGGUCUAAUUUGACCCCGCUGGUGUCCCCUCUCUCCUUUUCGUCGUCUCUCCAGGAUUCCUCGGCUGCGGCUUUGAGCGCGUCUUCAGAGCCGCUCGACUUCGGCCCCACGUGCUCGGGAGCUUCCGCAGCGGCGCUCCUGUCCUCGCCUGUCGCGCUUAGCCUCCUGGCAACUCCGUGUCCAGAUGCAGCGGCGGAUCCACUGGGUUCCGUUCCCGUCCCCGCGCGGGGCGCUCACGUCCAGGCGUCUUUCGCGCGCCAGCACCCGGCGCCUCGUCGCCAGGCGCAAGUUGUCCAGGGCGGGGGUGCUUCGCUGUCGACGCAUCCAUUGGAUGACGCUGUUUCUCGGAUCGAAGCGCGCGUGCUCCAGCAACAGGGCGACCAGACAGAUGUGGACGACGCGCAAGGUCAGCCGGGAGCUGUCGUUGACCAAGACCUGGCGAGCAAGGCGGAUGAAAAGCCCGCCCUUGCGUCGAGUGCAUCCGUUGAAAGCGCGACUACGGCCGCUAACAGCUCUGCGGACAGCUCGCCCGCGUGUUCACCCGCGCCUCGCGUGACGUGGACUCCCGGCUUCCGUUUGCCGCUCGGAGCGGAGGGAAGGCAAGUUUUGUUGCGGCGUCUGCGAAGAGCGUACCACGCCUCGCCGCCCGAGACCCGCGACACGUUUCUGGCCUCCCACGGCCUCGUGUUUUCGCGCAUGCCCUUCGCGACGGUGUCGGAGCUUUUCCACCUGGCGCACCUCCUCGGCGUCUUUGACUUCGCAGUGCAAUGCAGUGAAGAAUUCGGUGGCGUGUCGAACGCCACGGGCGCUGUCGCGGGUCGCGGAGGCCGCUCGGGCGCCCUCGCAGGCAACGCCUCCGCAGGCGCCGCAGGAACCGCCGCGGGCAACGCAGGCGACGGGGCCGUGGUGCUUCGUGUUGGAUCUGGAGCGAAGCGCAGGCGCACCGCACUCAAGCGCCACGCGGGUCAGAGUCCGCAGACCGCGCCUAGAAAUCUUCGCGCGCAGGUAGCUCAGCGCAGGCUCCACGGGGCUGGCAGCCGGGAGGUGUUUGGAGGGAUGUCGCCUCAGGACGCGGAGGGCGGCGCCGCUGCAGAGUUCAUGUCCGACGGCACCCUGGGCUUCCUGCACUUUGAAGAACCUACUGCAGAUGCCGAGCAGCUCAACGACGGAGGCGACGUCUGCCGCUCAGCUCUGUCGUCUCCCGUGAGUGCCGCCAGGCGGACGCCUCGAGGACUGAAGAAGCGCCGCCGUCGCCCGCUCGCCUCGCACACUCCGAGUCGCCACCAGUGGGGACCGCACAUGGAAGGCGACCAGAGCGGCUGCGCGCUGUUCGGCUGGACUGGUGGGGUCAACGAGGCGGCCGACUGCGUGCACGACGGGGCGCUGUCUUCAGAUCUUUGCACCCCGCUGAAUGUCAGCCGUCCAGGCUUCCCCUUUGGAGCGGAUCGCAGAGAGCCGGCGAAGGGCUGCACAGGCACGCAAAAGCAGCUGCUGCAGGUGCUCCAGCAACUCGGCCUGUUCAGCCGGGAGAUGGCGAGCGCAGAGGUCGGGGAUUCCGAGAACUUGUCCGCCGCGGUGCACGCUUUGCAGAUGCAGCUGCAGGCGCUGGCAGGCAAUCCGCCCAACCGUGUCGAAAAGGCAGCAUCCCCGUCGAGCGUCCCCAGACGGACUGGAACGAAGCGCGCGGUGUGUCCUGCGCGCCGCACCGGCGCCAGCAACCGCAGACGAUGCAGAGACAUUGUGGACAGGCUGACAAAGGCGGACGAACUCCGAGUCGGGGAGGCGGAGGCCGCGUACUCGCUCAGCGGGUCUUUGUUCGGACUGCACGAGCCGUCGCAGUCAGAGACGGUCGACACCUCGGCGAAGACAGCCGGCAGCAUCGAUUUUUCCCCGAGCGGGGCGCGCGACUCUCUCAGUGACCAAGGCCACACCCGGCAGGAGUCGCUUCCGCUCUCAGUCUCCUCGUCGCUGUCCUCCCUGACGGAGGAGACAGCCCCUUCCUUGGAAGCCCUGCUGGCGCGUUCGCUUGCCGCCAGCAUUGGCAACGGCCAGGAUUGCGCCCCGUUUUUCGGCGGAGCCCAGGCGUGUGUCCCGGCGCCGGACCCCGUGCCGGCUGCGUCUGGGCGUGACUUUUUCCAGUUCGUCGACCAGUUCAAGACGCGGAUGGACGCCACCGAAGAUGCCGUCGCCGCCAAACAGGCGGACGCCUCUCUAGAGGAGCUCACGCGUGAGCGAGAGAUCCUUCUGCGCUCGAUCCUGCAAGGCGAGCUCUCGCAGGAAGCCCCACAAAGGGGGGAGCCCGAGAACGGGGAGCUCGCGACUCCAGACAGCCAGGAAGCGCUGCUGCUGAGUCUCUUGCAGAAGACAAACAGGGCGGCGGUGAAGCGUCCGGUCGCGGACUUCUCGGCGACCGAUGCGGCGAGACUCGAAGACGUGAACGGGUCCGAAGGCGAGGCGUUCGAAAAUUCCCAAGGCCUCCUGGAUGUCUCCCUCGAGGCGCUGCGCGGCCUGUCGUCGCAGGCCGGGGGCUUACAGGCCGCUCGGCAGCGCACGGCUCCGGCGUUUCAAGGCGCAGACCUGUCUCUCGGAUCGUCCGAACUGGUUCAGCUGCUGCAGACCCUCCCGGCAGGCGCUGACUUGGCCUCGGCGGGGCAGGUCAGUCUCCCCGGCAAGUCCACGGCGGCCGUCCCCUCGCCUGCGUCCACCAAUGCUCAGUACGCUCUGGGGCUCCAGUUUCUGCGCCUCGUUGAGAUGUGCCAGCUCCAUAACAAUCUCUCCGGCCUCCUGGGGGCGCUUCCAAAGGUGCAAGGCGAGUCGGGCCUGGCCACUGGCGUCGAGGAAGAGCUCAAACGCGCAGCGCUGGGGGAGCGCGACGACAGCUCGCGGGAAGCCUACGAGCCGACUGCAGUCCGCGCAACUCCGGUGACAACGGGCGAGGACUCGAGCACGCGACACGGCACGGGCUGGGGAAGCGGCUCAGACAGUCUGCGCAGUCGAAGCGGCAGCUUCAGCGACAGAACAACCCAGUCCGGCACGCGGACCUCCCCCGCAGGGAUCGGCUGCAUUCUGGGCGCCGCCGACGGCCUCGCCGAUGGCGUGCGAAGCUCCUUCAGCACGUGCUGCAGCGAGGGACUCCCCGCGAGUGCUUCGGCACCCAGGGGUGAAGCGAUGAGUUACCCGAGCGACGAAGAGUGUUUGCGGCUGAAACUGGCGCGUCAGGGGCCACGCGUAUGCUGA